AUGUGCUGUGAGCAGAGAAAACGAAAGCCAGAAGAUCCCUGCACUGGAAGAAACCAGAAAACAGUUCAUUCCUGUCUGGAGUGUCGGGCCUCCUACGUUGAAGAUCUUCUUAGACCUCACUAUCAGGCUCCUGCCUUUAAGAAGCACAAGUUAGUUGAAACCUGUGCAGAGCUCCAGGAGAAGAUCUGCUCUCAGCAUGACAAACUGAUCGAGAUCUACUGUCGUACUAACGAAAGCUUCAUCUGUUACUCGUGCACGAUGGAGAUGGAUGAACAUCAAGGCUACAAUAUGGUUUCAAAUAACACAGAAAGAACUGAAAAACAGUAUGAGAUAAAGGAGGAGCAGAUAAAAUCCCAGCAGAGGAUCCAGGAGAAGCAGAAGAAAUUGAAGGAGCUGAAACAGACUGUGGACACUAUUAAGUUGCGUUCACAGGCAGCAGUAGAUGAGAGUGAGAGGAUCUUUACUGAGCUGAUCAGCUCCAUGGAGAAAAAGCGCUCGGAGGUGAAGGAACUGAUCAGAGAUCAGGAGAAAGCUGAACUGAGUCAAGCUGAACGACUCCUGAAGCAACUGGAGCAGGAGAUUGCUGAUCUUAAGAGGAGAGUCACUGAGCUGGAGCAGCUUUCACACACACACAUCCACUUCCUCCAGAGUUUCCCGUCUCUCUGUGUUUCUCCUGGAUCUGAGGACUCACCCAGCUUCACUGUCAGUCAACAUCUUUCAUUUAAUGGAGUGAGGAAACCUCUCUCAGAUCUGAAAAAACAAGCCAAGCAAAUCGAUGCAGAAAUUCAGAUGAUUUUACCCUCAGAACUGAAGAGCAGAGAAGAUUUUCUGCAAUAUUUCUGUUAUCUUACUCUGGAUCCCAACACAGCACAUCCUUACCUCAUUCUGUCUGAGGAGAACAGAGCGGUGACAUGCAGUGAGACAGAUCAGCCGUACUCUGAAUAUCCUGAGAGAUUUGACUUCUGGGAGCAGGUGUUGUGUAAGGAGAGUGUGUGUAGACGCCGAUACUGGGAGGUGGAGUGGAGCGGUGAGAGCUGGGUGUACAUAUCAGUCUCAUAUAAAGAGAUUAGCAGGAAAGGGCAGAGUAAUGAAUGUGGGUUUGGACGCAACAGUCAGUCCUGGAGUCUACAGUGUUCUUCUUCCUCUGUCUCUUUCUGGCACAAUGACAUUAAGACAGUGCUCGAAGGUCCAGCAUCCUCCAGAAUAGGAGUGUAUGUGGAUCACAGUGCAGGAACUCUGUCCUUCUACAGCGUCUCUGACACGAUGAGGCUCCUCCACAGAGUCCACACCACAUUCACUCAGCCUCUAUACGCUGGAUUCUAUAUUUGGAGAUACGAUUCGACUGUGAGGUUAUGUGAUCCAAAAUGAAAUGUUUAAAAUGUAAAAGUGUUUAAUAGAAUUAUAACUGAGGUGUCAGAUUUCAUUUCUCCCCGAGUUAGAAUGGCAAUUCUGUGUGCACGAGCUGUAAUGCUAACUAACUAUUAUUUUCUAAUGUAUCUAUUCUAUUCAUGUAUGUAAUGUAAUAAUUCACAGAAACAAUCUCUAAAUGCAGAAUGUUUCUAGAAAGAAAAAAAAAACAACCUAUCAAACAGACUAUUUACCUGCAUGCACUAUUAGCAGAUUUCUUAUACUGAUGUCUCAUACAUUCAGUUUUGGGUUUGGAAAAGACAGUUUCUUCAAAAAUAAUAAAACUUACUCAAACUGC